CGCGUAGACACGCCGCUCUGUCCGGGGCCCGCGAGCUACGAGGCUAACAUCACGUGACCGGCCCUCCCCCCGCCGGGUCAUGUGAUCGACGCACAUCCUGCACACAGCCGUCGUCAACUUCUCUCGCCCCAGCAAAUCCCAAAACAAACGAAACAUGGCGGAUUAUGAAGAGAGGCAGAGCCUGCUCGGGGACGACGACGGCGGCGACUCGGGCUCGUCCGCGGGCGGGCGAGCAGCCGCAGGAGCCGGCGGCGGUCCGAUGCCGGCCAUCUGCGACCCGAAGCACCUCCUGCACCGGGUGGUCGUCCUGGUGUUUAUGUGCUUCCUGGGAUUCGGGAGUUACUUCUGUUAUGACAACCCGGCCGCUCUUCAAUCUGAAGUCCUUCAGGACCUGAACCUGAACACGUCAAAGUUCAUGCAGCUGUACGCUUGGUACUCGUGGCCCAAUGUGGUGCUCUGCUUCUUUGGAGGAUUCCUCCUUGACCGGGUCUUCGGCAUCAGGCUGGGGACCAUCAUCUUCUCCCUCUUUGUCUGUCUGGGACAGGUAAUAUUUGCUACAGGUGCUUUGGUAAAUCGUUUCUGGCUGAUGGAAGCUGGACGUUUCAUAUUCGGUAUCGGAGGGGAGUCCUUGGCCGUGGCUCAGAACACCUACGCGGUCAACUGGUUCAAAGGAAAAGAGCUCAAUCUGGUGUUUGGCCUUCAGCUGAGCAUGGCUCGCCUGGGCAGCACCGUAAACAUGAACAUCAUGGGUUGGGUUUACAGCAAAAUCGCCGACCUCGUCGGCUCGCCCGGACACACGGCGCUCGGAGCGUCGCUCAUGUUGGCUGCGGUGACCUGCCUGUUUUCCCUCGUGUGUGCUUUGGUGUUGGGAUUCCUUGACAGGAGAGCGGAGAGAAUCCUCCACACGGCAAAAGACAAAACGGGUGAGGUGAUCAAGUUGACGGACGUGAAAGACUUCCCCUUCCACCUGUGGCUCAUCUUCAUCAUAUGCGUGUGCUACUAUGUUGCCAUUUUCCCCUUUAUUGGACUUGGACAGGUGUUCUUCAUUGAGAAAUUCAACUUCACCCCAGCUGAAGCCAGAGCUGUCAACAGUAUUGUUUACAUCAUCUCAGCUCCGGCGUCUCCGCUCCUGGGCUUCAUGGUUGAUAAGACGGGGAGGAAUGUGAUUUGGGUGAUGAUUUCCGUGAUCACCACACUUGCCGCUCACCUGAUGCUGGCCUUCACCUUCUGGAACCCAUGGAUCGCCAUGUCCCUGCUGGGUCUCUCCUACUCCCUUCUGGCCUGUGCCCUUUGGCCCAUGGUGGCCUUUGUGGUGCCCGAGCAUCAGCUGGGGACGGCCUACGGCUUCAUGCAGUCGAUCCAGAACCUGGGACUGGCCCUCAUCGCCAUGGCAGCAGGAGCCAUCCUAGACAACAAGGGAUACCUGGUUUUGGAAGUCUUUUUCUGUGGCUGCAUCUGCUUUGCAUUGAUUGCAGUGGUGAUGCUUUACUUUGUGGAUUACUUCAGAGGAGGAGAUUUGAACCUGACAGCCGCAGCCAGAGCCAAGCUCCACAAAGAAGCCACUUCGGACGCAGAAUGAGGAUUAUGAGGGAACAUAAAAAGGGCACCAAAGAGCUGUCAAGCAACUUCCACUGGGUGGGACUGCACUACUGACUCCGGUCCAUCAGAUCUGACUGUCUGGCCCCGGCUAUCACAUAACCACCCGUGUCCUAAUAAUGUCCGUGUGUUAUGUCCUUAUCGGGACGCUGACAAAUGACACAUAUCACCGUGGACCCUAGAGUUCCUCACUGACCUUUUUUUAUUUUUUAUUUUUUUUAUGUUUGCUUCAUCUCUUCCAAUAUGUUUGUGAAGGAAGGAAGUGUUUUUCAACGAAAAGAUCUGGCUCAUGUCCUGUAAAAAGGUUCUGAAAAAUAGCGCUCGGAUUCAUGACAUGCUAAUUCAACCCACUAUAUCAAUUGAAUUGUUUUAAAUGUAAAUAGGCUAAUUUUGUUAAUGGUUUUUAUAGUUUGGGUUUUGCAAACGGUUUCCAGAAGAGCUCUGUUACUCGCCUUAUUGCAGAGAAUGCUGCAGUUAGUCUACAGAUUGGUUGUCAGCAGUCAUAAUUGCACACAAAUCCUCUUUCAGGGCUUUCCUUAGUGAGUUCUUAUUCAAUUUUAAUAAGAUUAUCUUAAUAAAGAGCAUGUCCCUUUUUUUCUAAUUCCUUUAUCUGCUCUUGGAUGGUUUCAGGGGCGCAUAAAGGUGUAUUUUCUGUUGCAUCAUAAAUGGUACAUUACCAUAAUGUUAAAAAAGAUCAGAAAUAUCAAAGGACUUUGUAUUGCAUUUUUUAAUCCUAUUGGCAUUUUUUUUUUUUAUAAAUGUGGCCUUUUUAGAGAAUCAGUUCCACGUAUGAAAUGAUGUUUUGGAGACGGUCUUUCGCUCAUUUGUCAAGCUCGGGUAGUUAACUUGUUGUAAGCACUGCCGCCAAGCUGUUAUCUUGCUUGCGUUAUCUGAACGGUGAGACAAAAUAUGAAAGCACUGUAUUAAACGCUCACUUUUGCGGUAAUGUGGAAAAACAUUAAACUCACUGUUCUCAUCAGGGUCGCAGGCUGUGGCUGAUACUACCUCCGUUAUCAAAGUCGAGAGUAGCUUAAAACCUUUUUUUUUUUUUUGUGUGUGUGAAUGCACACCACACUGUCAUACAGCCGGACUCAUGCUGGACUCCUCCCUGAUGACUCAUUUGCACUCCGGCGAUGUGACGGCAGGACAGUCUUUCCUCAACUGACAAUGUUUAUGUUAAACUACCAGGUGUUCACUAUUAUUGAGCGGUCUACAAUUAAUGACAUGAUUGUACAACAGAUCUUCUGUAAAAUCAAACACAGAAAUAUUUUUCUUUUGCAAAAACCAAUUGACUUUUGAGAUUAUGAAUGGUACAAUGACGUUUGAUUAAACAUUCAUUUCUGAAA